AUGCCAAAAAUCAUCGAAAGCCCAGAUUCGCUGGUGGUCACCCACGCAACUUCUGAUAGGCCGGCGAGUGGCUUCAGUGCUGCUGAGUGGACGGGAAUCCCUAUCCUACUCCAGUCUCGAUGUUUGUAUGUGAACAACGACAGCGGGGCUAAAAGAGGGAUCAAGGGGAUGCAGUAUAUGAACAUGCUCACAUCCUCCACAAGCGCGCGGAAGAAAGGGGGGAUGGCACUUCUCCGACUGUUCCAUCUAUGUACCCAUAUAGUGAUGUAUAAAGUGCCACGGCGCAUGAUCCUCCGCGGCGGAUAUUCCUCUUGA